AUGAUUGAUAAUAAUAUUAACAACUACCCUAAUAACAUUAAUAAUAGCAGAAACGCUAAUAAUAACAACAAUAGCACUGCAGAUAAUCUAUCACAAGAAGAACAGCGAACGAGAUUACCCAAUAUUUCAUUUUCAUUUAUAAUUAACAAUAACAAUAACAACAACGAUAAUAAUGGCCAUAAUAACCUGCAACAAAAUUCAGGAGAUCGAAUAGCAAGUGAACAAACGAAUAAUAACAAUAAUAGUAAUGACAAUCACAACGAUACAAAUAAUAAUGGCAAUGGUCAAGAAUUUCAUUUUUUUAUAAUGCCAUUCCCGGCAAUGAAUGGUGAAAAUCCAUCACAAUUCGUUUUCUUUGCACCAAUUAUCAUGACACCGUCAGAACCUCCAAAAAGACCAAACGUGCCCGAGAGUAUAAUGAAAAAAUUGCCUAUUGUUAAAAUUACCAAGGAACAUGUUGAUUCACUAGCAACUUGCUCAAUAUGUUUGGAACAUUUUCAUAUACAAGAUAAUACUUGUCCUUUAUGUAGAUAUGAACUACCUUCUGAAGAACAGCAGCAACAACAAGAAUCUAAUAACAUCAAUGACAUUGCCACCAAUAACCAUGACAGUAAUGAAUCAUCCGAGUCAACAAACGUUCCUUUAUCUAACAUGAAUGAGGGAUUGCCUACAUUAUCAUCAACUUCAUCUUUAAAUCAUUCAAAUCUAGGUUGUGCUCUAACAAAUCUCGGAAUAUUCGGAAGUUUAUCUUCAACAAUAAUAACUUUACCACAAUGCCAUCAUAGAUUUCAUGCUUCAUGUCUAAGAAACACAUUACUAAUAUCAGGAUAUUCAUUAGAAUCGAAUUCAUUAGACUUUAGGUGUCCAAUAUGUCGUGCACGUUCAACAUUACAAGAGAAUUUAUUACACCCCACACAACAAAAUCAUCAAUCUACAACUUCACAAACAACAUCACAAUCUAAUACAACGUCAUCAUUACCUAUAACAGCUCCACUUAUAAUCCAUUUUAAUGAUGAAAUGGAUUUAGAUUAA